AUGGAAGGAUCAGGUCCGCGCCAAACCAGACAUGCAGAUUCCCAACGGCAGGACAAUUUUUUGAAUCUCGAACGGGAGAAAGACCAAGACAAGCAACGAGAGGGCAGUGUGAACACCUCUCACACGAGCAGAAGCCUUUCGAAAGGCAAAGGUCAUGCAUCCCAUAAGCAAAACGAUCGAAAGGCUUUACAACAAGAAAUUGAUGAUUUGAAGAAGAAGCUGCGCCGAGCGCAGCGAAAACGUCCUUCACCCGAUUCGGACACUAGCAGUGAUGAGGAUAAUGAAUAUAGGCGGAGAUCAAGAACCCUUCCAAGUGAGAAUUUUUCCUACGAGGAAGAGGGACCUUGCAAACGCGGCCACAAAAGCCCAUCUUACCAAGGCUUGGCCAACGAUGCCAUGAGCAAGGCCCUGGAUUGCAUCUCCCAGUCGCCUUUCACGCGUAGAAUAGAGGGGGCAGAGCUUCCUCAGUGGUUCCAUCAACCAACAUUUGCCAUAUACAAUGGUCGAACUGACCCAGUAGAGCAUCUAACACAGGCUUUUGGUUCCCGUUUCAUUAUCAGCAGCAGAGUCCCUCGGCCCCUAGAUUCCCUCCUAUCCUUGUCCAUGCGGGAAGGGGAGACACUGAAAGCCUACUUAGACAGGUACUGGGAAAUGUAUAAUGAGAUAGAAGGAAAUUACGAUGACGUUGCCAUUAGUACAUUCAAGAGGGGCCUGCCGACAGAGCACGGCUUAAGAAAGUCCCUCACUGGGAAGCCAGUCACCAGCGUGCACCAACUCAUGGACAAAAUUGACAAGUACAAAAGGGUUGAGGAAGACCAGCAGACGGGGAAGGGCAAAGCUAAGGUUGUCCCUCAGGAGAGGAGGGACUUCAGGUCGAACCGCAUUAUCAACAGUAAUAGGCCGAGGAGAGAUUACUCGGAACAAUCUGGUUCCACUGGGGCAUCAGCGGUCCAUGCUGUGUUCCGAGAACCACUACACAAGAUCCUAGAUAAGGUAAAGGGCGAACCGUUCUUUCAAUGGCUGAACAGGAUGGCAGGUGAGCCCUCAAAACGUAAUCAGAAUCUAUAUUGCGUGUACCACCAAGAGCCAGGUCACACCACCGAUGAUUGCAGGAAUCUGAAAAACCAUUUAGACCGGCUUGUCCGAGAAGAGAAGUUGAGGCAUUUGUUACAUCGCCCUGAAGGAUGGCAGGAACAGUCAAAUUUCGAAACCAGACGAAGUACAUUGAGGCCACCCAUUGGCACAAUAAAUGUCAUUCUUGCCGCACUUGGAAGGACCGGUUCCAGCCCUUUCAGAGUAAUGUCAAUGGGCAGGUUCCCGACUGAGCCUAACGACAGGGAAUCCAAGAGAGCCAAAGUAAUUGCCACGCCCUUAAUCGGGUUCUCGGAUGAGGACAAACAAGGAACCCUUCAACCCCACGAUGAUGCCCUAGUCGUCACGCUCAGAAUUGGAGGUUAUGACGUGAAAAGAGUGCUGGUUGAUCAAGGCAACGCCGUGGAAGUAAUGUAUCCUGAUUUGUAUAAAGGAUUGAACUUGAAGCCAAAGGACCUGUCGCCACACGACUCCUCUUUGGUCAGUUUUGAAGGAAAAACCGUCACUCCAAAAGGCAUGAUUAGGCUGCCUGUACAAACAGACUCAGACGUGGUGGAGGUGAACUUUAUUGUGGUAGAUGCGUACUCCCCCUACACAGCUAUCGUGGCCCGACCAUGGCUUCAUGCACUAGGGGCUGUGCCAUCAACCUUGCACCAAAAAGUGAAGCAUCCGUCAGGAGGUCAAGUCAAAGAAAUAAUGGGGAACCAAACCAUGGCCAGGCAAUGCAUGGUGUCCGCAAUCUCACGUCGACCAAAUAGUGAACCUUCCACCUCAGCCGAGAACCACUUAUAG